AGAGAAAACCUAACGAUCAUGGAAUUUCUAAUGGAGUACCUGCUAUCUGUACACGUGUUAAGUUACUGAAGUCGGCUUUUGAUGAGGUUGACCAGCAUUGCUCUCUAGAUAUAUUGCCUAUUCUUUUUGAGGAGGCUCAGGUUCCAGCAAAGUUAAAAUAUCCCUUUCACAGAUCACAUGCUCCAGAUGUAUGUAACAUGUCAAUGCUGCCCAAGGAAGGCAAUAGUUCACAAUGGGGCUCCCAGUUGGCCUUGUUGAGCUUCCUAAAAGUUUAUAAUCCAUUUAAAAGUCAGAUGUGCAUGGAUGCACAGAUGACUUGCCAGAACUUCAAUGAUUUACAACAAAACAUUGGAGAUGUUCAUCCCCCAAUGAUCAUGGAGAUAGAUAUUGAGAAGGAAUAUAAUCAAGCACCGGACUCCGAAGUCGAAAGUUUGAAAAGUGGUGGUGUACUUAAGGUGUUGCAGAGACAGACAAGCCCAAAAGUAGGUGGGGAACUCAUGCAACUACUAUUCGGCCAUGGCUCUUCAAAAGAUAUUCCAGUGACUGAGAGGACUUAUGAAACACCAAAUAACCGGUGGAGAAGAUGCAAACGCAAUGCCUCAUUUGAUUCAAGAAAAGUUGUUCUCCUAUUCUCAGUCCUUUCAAGUUUGGGAACGUUGGUGUUGAUAUAUCUAACACUGAGAGUUCGGUAAAGUGGUGAUGGUCCGGUUCUUGUAUAA